CUCUUCUCUUCUCUUUGCCAGCUUUCUUACCCUUUUUGCAAAAACAGUCCAAGAAUGGCUUCUACCAGCACCCAAAAAGCUUCUUCUGUUACUAUUUCUCAUACUUACGAUGUGUUCUUGAGUUUCAGAGGUGAAGAUACUCGCAAGAAUUUCACUGAUCAUCUCUACAAAAACUUGGAUGCAUAUGGAAUUUGCACCUUCAGAGAUGAUGAAGAACUUGAGAAAGGAAGAGAUAUUGCAUUUGAUCUCUCAAGGGCUAUCGAAGAAUCAAAGAUAUUCAUUGUCAUUUUCUCGAAAAAUUAUGCCAACUCCAGGUGGUGUUUAAAUGAACUUCUGAAGAUUAUCGAGAGUAUGGAGAAAGAAGGAAAAAUAGUUCUACCAAUUUUCUACCAUGUGAAUCCCUCAGAUGUAAGAAAACAGUUAGGAAGUUAUGGAGAUGCAUUUUCUAACCAUGAAAAGGAUGCAGAUGAGGAGAAGAAGGCAAGGAUACAAAAAUGGAGGACUGCCUUGAGCAAAGCAAGCAACCUAUCUGGAUGGCAUAUAGAUGAGCAAUAUGAGACUAAUGUUCUCAAGGAAAUUACUGAUGACAUUAUUAGAAGAUUGAAUCAUGAUCAACCUUUGAAUGUUGGCAAGAAUAUAGUUGGAAUGAGUUUUCAUUUGGAAAAAUUGAAGUCAUUGAUGAAAAAAAAAUUCAAUGAAGUUUGUGUUGUUGGGAUUUGUGGAAUUGGUGGGAUUGGUAAAACUACUGUUGCCAUGGCUAUUUAUAAUGAGCUCUCAAAUCAAUAUGAUGGUAGUAGCUUUCUUCGAAAAGUCAAGGAGAGAUCUGAAAGGGAUACACUUCAGUUACAGCAUGAACUUCUUCAAGAUAUCUUAAGGGGAAAAAGUUUAAAAUUAAGCAAUAUUGAUGAAGGUGUCAAGAUGAUAAAGAGGAGUCUUAGCUCGAAGAGAGUUCUUGUAGUUUUUGAUGAUGUAGAUAAUUUGAAGCAACUAGAAUAUUUGGCUGAAGAGCAGGGUUGGUUUGGUGCAAAAAGUACAAUCAUCAUUACUACAAGAGACAAAAACUUGUUGGCUCAAUAUGGAGUGAAUAUAGAGUAUGAGGUUACUACAUUAAAUGAGGAAGAAGCUAUUGAGCUUUUUAGUUUGUGGGCCUUUAGACAAAAUCUUCCUAAUAAAGUUGAUCAAGACCUCUUCUAUGAAGUAGUACGUUAUGCCAAAGGCCUUCCUUUAGCUCUCAAAGUUUUAGGUUCCAAUUUCUUUGAUAAGAAGACAAAAGAAGAAUGGAAAAGUGCAUUGGAAAAGCUCAAAAAAUCAUCAGAUGAGAGAAUUUAUAGUGUUCUUAGAACAAGUUAUGAUGGACUUGAUAGUGUAGAUAAGGAUAUAUUUCUUGACAUUGCAUGUUUCUUCAAAGGCAAGGACAAAGACUUUGUUUCAAGAAUAUUAGGUCCUUAUGCAAAGAAUGGAAUAAGAACUCUUGAAGAUAAAUGUCUCAUAACUAUUUCAGCAAACAUGCUAGAUAUGCAUGAUAUGGUACAACAAAUGGGUUGGAAUAUUGUUCAUCAAGAAUGCCCUAAAGACCCAGGAGGAAGGAGUAGACUGUGGGGUUCUGAUGCCGAAUUUGUGCUUACAAAAAAUACGGUAAGAGCUAAAUGGGACACAAGCAAUUGA